CUCUUUCUUCUUGCAGUAACCAACGCUAACAGGAAAGAACUGGAAAAUGCAGGUUUCAACUGCGCUGUUAUUCACAAUGGCUACUCUGUCGUUGUCUGUUGCCAUUAGAGGGUCGCCAAUCUUCCAUGCUGGAGAUGAUGUACUUUCUCCCAAGAACCUUGAAGCGAGAAAAGUCAAACAAGGAAAAGCACAGAAGAGAAUAUGUGGAAUCUCCCUCUAUGGCUGCAGGCAUAGCAAAAGAUCAUGGUUGGAACAGUUGUAUAAAAAACGCAGUUAUGAAGCUCGUCCGCCGUUCGGAGAAGAAGCUAUCAAGUCUCAGAACUCGCGAAGAGGCAACUCAUUAUUAGUACGCUAACUAAGAAAAUGUUGUUGUUGUCACAAGGCUGGUGUAUCUAAAAACAAAAAAGUGAAAUAACCUACAAAUACAAUGCAAUAAUUAUUCUUACACUUAAUACACGCCUCUUUGAUGACUUGGCCGUUUAUCCCAGAU